ACGUGGCAGCGGGACGCCUCACCUCCAACUCCUGCAAGCCCCACAGCCACCGGAAACGCGAGCCAGCCCACUGCUCCCCGCCGCCCCACGCGGCCGCGCCCUGCGCCACCACCUACCGGCCGGCCGUUCCCGGCGUCGCCUGCUCGCGUUGCGCCCUCGCGCUCACACCUCCAGCAGCCCCGGUCCAUCGAGCGGCGGAGACCAUGGCCCCCUCGCCGCUGCUCGUCCGGCCACCGGCGCUGGCGAGCCCGCCGCUUUCCCCACGCCGGUGCGCGCCCGCGGCGGCGUCGGUCCGCACAGCUCCCACCCCCACCGCCGCGGCCCCAUUCUCUAGGCUCCGUACCAAGUGUAGGUUCGCCGCGUCGGACGUCAGGGAGGACUUCUCCUCCAACCCGAUCGAUAUUGUCGCUGAUGUGAAGACCGAGAAGAUUGUGGUGUUGGGCGGAAGUGGAUUCGUUGGUUCUGCGAUUUGCAAAGCUGCUGUUUCUAAAGGCAUUGAGGUUGUGAGCUUGAGCAGGUCAGGAAGACCAUCUUACUCAGACUCCUGGGUUGAUCAAGUAAAUUGGCUAGCAGGAGAUGUUUUCUAUGCAAGAUGGGAUGAAGUAUUGGUUGGGGCUACUGCUGUUGUGUCUACCCUUGGAGGAUUUGGCAAUGAAGAACAAAUGAAAAGGAUAAAUGGCGAGGCAAAUGUUAUAGCAGUAAAUGCUGCAAAAGAAUAUGGAGUCCCAAAGUUCAUUUUAAUCUCUGUUCAUGAUUACAAUCUUCCAUCCUUUCUUCUGAGCUCGGGUUACUUCACUGGUAAGAGAGAGGCCGAGUCUGAAGUCCUCUCCAAAUACCCAGCCUCAGGUGUUGUGUUGAGGCCAGGCUUCAUUUACGGUAAAAGGAAAGUAAACGGCUUUGAGAUACCGCUCGACACUGUCGGACAACCAUUAGAGAAGCUACUUUCCUCGGUUGAAAAUUUCACCAAACCGUUGAGCUCGCUGCCUGCUUCUGACCUAGUCCUUGCACCCCCCGUGAGCGUGGAUGAUGUCGCCUACGCCGUGAUCAACGGGGUCAUAGAUGACAGCUUCUUUGGGGUGUUCACGAUCGAGCAAAUCAAGGAAGCCGCAGCCAACGUAAGGGUGUGAACCUGGAGUCUUUUUUCGCUGUAUGUGAAGGUAUCGAAGAUGGAAAUGCUUCUAAACUCAGCACUAACGAAAUGAUCCCUGCAUUUUUCUCUCUCCCUGAAUCUUUGACCAUAGCCAAUAGUUCAAAAAUCAGCACAACAAAAAUAUUUUUUCAUGCUGGAAUUUUGUACCCCUUGGGGAGCUAACGGAACGAAUUGUACCCCGUGGGUCACGGAAUGUGUCAUGUCGGUUCAAUAGGUUGCCGAAUUCUCAAA